AUGAGUUUAAACGGUAGUGAUCCACGUACAUAUAAAAAGAUUCAGGAUGAUAGCAAUACUGUUGAUCAUCAAGAUGGAGUAUCAACAUCAAAUAAUCAAAAUAUGAAUGACACAAAUAAUUGUACGAAUCAAACAGAUGCAUCAAUAUCAUACAGUCAUUCAUCAUCGCAAGUAACAAGUAACACUGAUCCAUCUAAUCAAUCAUCAAGUGAUCAUGGUAAAACAUGCUGA